AUGGCCCACCCCUUUCUCGAUGCCAAUAUUCCUGACCUCGUCAGAAAGCUCAAGGUUGAAGAGAAAAUCUCUCUUCUCGGUGCUCCCAACUGGUGGAAUACCACUCCCAUCCCAAGGCUCGGCAUACCCUCCAUUCGAAUGAGCGAUGGCCCAAAUGGCGUCCGAGGCUCGUCUCAUUUCGUCUCCACCCCGGCCCAGUGUUUUCCUUGCGCGACCGCUCUCGCCUCGACCUUCGACCCCGAGUUAGUGACUAGGGCAGGUGGCUUCUUGGCUCAAGAAGCAAAGAUAAAAUCCUCCGUUAUGUUGCUUGCCCCCACGUGCAACAUCCAGCGCACCCCACUCGGUGGCAGGGCAUUCGAGUCCUUCUCGGAAGAUCCUCACCUCUCGGGUACCUUGGCAGCUGCUUAUGUCAAUGGUCUUCAAGCCCAGGGUGUUGCUGCUACCAUCAAGCACUUUGUUGGCAAUGACCAGGAAGUUGAAAGGACGGCAGCAGAUUCGGUCAUGUCUGACAGGGCCCUUCGUGAAAUUUAUCUGUAUCCAUUCAUGCUUGCUCAGAGGCUUGCGCAGCCAGCAGCAUAUAUGACCUCGUAUGGGCGUGUUAGGGGCACCCACUGCUCCGAAAACAAGGAGUUAUUAACCAACGUUCUCCGAGGAGAAUGGGGUUUUAAAGGGGUCGUCAUAAGCGACUGGUUUGGAACCUACGGCGUCGACCAACCCAUCAAUGCCGGUCUCGAUCUUGAAAUGCCAGGUCCUGCCAAGUGGAGAACUACGCAGCUCGUUCUCUAUUGCUUAUCGUCCCAGAAACUGUUUACUUCCACUAUCGACGAACGUGUGACCAACCUACUCGCGUUUGUCCAGGAGCGAGCUAAAAGGAACCCUGAGGUUGUCUUCGGUGAUGGCAUUGAAAGGUCUCGCGAUUCCCCUCUAGUCAGGCAAUUUUGUCGAGAACUUGCUUCGGAAGGCAUUGUUUUAUUGAAAAACGACCGAAGCCUCCUUCCUUUACGCCAGGGAGCACCAGUUAAGAUUGCCAUUAUCGGACCUAACGUGAAGGAACGUGUCAUUGCAGGUGGUGGCUCUGCUGCACUGAAAGCGACAUACGUUGUCACGCCCUGGCAAGGAAUCAACGACGCUGCCCCGCCAGGUUCUAUCAUUCAAUAUCAUGUCGGAUGCUACGCUCAUAAAUACCUACCUACAUUGGAGACUUAUUUGCAGACUCCUCAAGGCAAACCCGGGUGGCUUUGCACCUUUUAUACUCACGACGAAAAUGGGGACCCAUCUCAACCCGUCGCAGACUUCAUUCUCAACGACACACGCGUCAAAUUGAACGACUUCCUGCCAAAAGGCUUGACACAUACCUGGUCGAUCAAGUUGGAAGGAAAACUGACGAUCGACAAAAGCUGUCUGUUCGAGCUGGGGUUAACUGUUGCGGGCCGCGCAAAGCUUUGGAUCGACGGCACUUUGAUUAUCGAUAACUGGACCAAGCAAAUCCCCGGAGACUUUUUCUACGGCCAGGGUACUGUCGAGGAAAAAGCCUGUAUCCAGCUUGAAGCUGGUAAGCCAGUCAACGUUCUUGUACUCUAUACGAACACAGCUGCACCCGACGGGGACGAUGAGAAAGGCGAGGGCCGCCUGUCGCAGCCUGCCUUGAUGCGUGGAGUGCGUUUGGGUGGCUGCGAGAAGAUUGACGCGGAACAGGCCGUAAGAGAGGCCGUCGCGUUAGCAAAGGAAGUCAGCACAGUUAUAUUCAUUGGCGGGUUGACUCCCGAAUGGGAGAGUGAAGGAUUUGAUCGUCCUUCAUUGCAACUUCCGGGCCGUCAAGAUGAAGUGAUUAGAAGAGUCGCGCAAGCCAAUCCACGAACGAUUGUCUGCAUCCAGGCUGGAUCCACUGUGUCCAUGCCCUGGAUCGAGGAUAUCGGUGCUCUCCUUCAAACGUGGUAUUUGGGGAAUGAGACGGGAAAUGCCAUUGCAGACGUUCUGUUCGGCAAAGUCAAUCCAGGUGGACGCCUUCCGUUGUCUUUCCCCGUCAGAAAGGAGGAUAUCCCAGCACACCUCAAUGACAAAAGUGAACAUGGGAAGAUCCACUAUCGCGAAGACCUUUUCGUGGGUUACAAGUAUUAUCAGGCACGAGGGAUCGCUCCUCUUUUCCCCUUCGGUUUCGGGUUGUCUUACACCACGUUUUCAUUUAAUGACUUGGGUAUAGCAGCCUCGCUUGAGGGACCCAAUGCCGAUUCCCUCCAUGUGGACGUCACAGUGAAAGUCAAAAAUGAAGGAGAUGUCGUUGGGUCCGCAGUCGUCCAGCUUUAUGUUUCGCUUCCCGAGACGGGCCUUACUACACCCAAUCUCCAACUGAAGGGAUUCACGAAGGUUCGAAACCUGGAUGGAGGGGCGUCCUCCAGUGUCACCAUGCAUCUCGACAAAUAUGCAUUCUCAUAUUGGGACGAGCAGAAGCAUGGUUGGCAAAUAUCUGUGGGCAAAUAUAACUUACAUGUUGGAUCGCACAGUGAUAACUUAGCUCUCCACGAUUCUUUCACGAUUGAAAGACCUCAUUCGUGGAAUGGGUUAUAA